AAUCAAGGGCUUCCUACUUUGGUAUUUGCGUGGAAAGAUGGAUACUGGAAGCAUAUCUCGGGCGGUGACGGGAGUCAGCUGGCGCCCUCUGAAGGAGCCAAGAGGAUUUAUCAGGAUUGUAGAAUGGAUUCUAGCCAUAUUUGCGUUUGCGACGACUUGUGGAUUCGACUCUUAUACAAGCUUCGUCAUCAGUUGUGGUGGAACAGUAGGGGACAAGGCAGUGAGAGUUCCAUACAGUUACCCAUUUAGGUUAACCAACACGUGGAUCGACCACAAGCAGUGCCCCAACUCGACGCUGGGCGAGCUGAAGAGCGACCAGUUCCACCUCGCCGAGAGCUACUCCGGACCGUCUCAGUUCUUCGUAGCCGUCGGCGUCAUCUGCUUCCUCUAUUGCAUCGUCAGCCUCUUCGUCUACCUGUUCCUCGCGCCCACCUACAGGGAGAAUGCAAACGUCGCCAACGGGGAUCUGAUCAUGACCGCAGUGCUGGCAGUGUUCUGGUUGAUCUCGUCCGCGGCGUGGGCGAAGGGCCUCAGCGACCUCAAGUAUGGUACGAGCCCGUCGGAGGUCAUCAAGCUGUGCAAGGACUGCAAGACCUUCGUCUGCGCCGUGGGCUUCACGGGGAAACUACGCGAGCCUCAACGUCUCAUCAUCUGCGGAUUUCUCAACUGGAUGGUGUGGAUGGCAAACAUCUGGUUCCUCUAUAAGGAGUCGACCUGGUUCAAGGACCGCGGCGCGAAACCCGCCACACCGGGACAGUACACCCAGCAGGACUUCCCAGGACAGCAGCAGGGGGUGCCUCCCAUGGGAGGUGUCGGGAGUCCCACCGGCGGGAUGGGUGCCCCCCCGGGAGACAUGUGAGAAGGAGAUGCUACCGGAGAGGAGGAAGAAGAGCGAGGGAAGGGAGAGGAGGGGGAGAAGGCGGGGAUGAAGGGGUGUGGCACCGUUUAGAACAUCUAAGAAGGAGAUGCCAGCAGAGAGAGAGAAGGGGGAAGAGGGAGAGGAGGCGGGGAAGAAGGCUGUGGCGCCGUUUCCAUCGGGGACUUGAAAAAAAGGUGGUGCUACCCUCUCCCCUUUCCCCCUCUCCCUUUCCCCCCUCUCCCCUUCCCCCCCUCUCCCCCGUCGUCCACGUCUUCUCCCCUCCUCCGCGCCGGGUUGUCCCGCGGCGUUUCCGGGACGUGAGACAACAUGGCCGCGCGAUCAGUCCUCGUGUACGCCACCUGUAGGCCGGCAGGCGAACCACGCCUCCAAGUUUUAUCUCGUAGGCACCGCGGCAUGAUUGUUUUGCGCGAUUCUAGCCGUGGCAUCGAGGAGAGCUGGGGAUGUUGGGACUUGUGGGCGUGUCUUCUGAGAUUAUGUAGUCUAACAUCCAAAUGCUCGUGGCAAACGUCGCGCGUGCACGAGCGAAGCGAAUCGCAAUAAAGGGAGGUGAGCCUGUGUUAUAGCACCGCUACUGUACAGAGACUCCCCGACUUACGAACAGGUUCGGUUUCGAGCGGUCGUUCGCAAGUCGAACAUGCGUACAUACGUAUACAGUAUUGUACAGUAGGACACAUUGGGCACUCAAUUUGUGGAUCAUGUGCACACAGGUGAUCGAUGCCCCUAGACUAACACGCUAUUGUUUACAUCUCGGCGCUUCCCGCGCUACAGUGCCGCCACCACGUGGCGGAUCUGCGAACUAAACCUUGCGCCUAAUUUUUUUUCGACUUCAGGGCAAAUUGUUCGUAUCACCGAAAGUUCGUAAGUCGGGGAGCAUCUGUACUUGCGCCCCUUACCACCAGCACCACCCCUGAUUGUUAUGCACGUAGACAGUAUUAGGCGAUGUUAGUACAUAGGUAUGAGUUUCAUCAAAUUAUCCUGAUAGAUUUGACGCAAUCGCAGAGUACGCGUGUUACUCCCAAAAAUCAAAAUAGAGAGUGAUUUAUGUUAGGUGCCAUUCUGCCAUGAUUUCGCAGUUCUUGUGGUUAGGCCGUGCGCACAUGGUUGUUAGGAUCGUUUUGUUCGUAUUGGAGCGUACGAUUUCGAUCGAUCCGUUACGUUCCGAGUUGUUGUUGGCGUGAUCACAAUAGUAGAUUCAGGAAUACAUGCACGUGACGACGUAGGAAAUGUCACCGAUUUCUCUACUAGACGUUGAAAACUCGAUGUUGUCUUUGUGUUGCUAUGGUAACGGUCGUGGUAGUGUAACGGUAGACAGAUUUGUGUCACUGUGAUCAUGUGGUCACUUUUUGUUUCGCGUAUGCAUUUACGUGCACAUGCUUGAAGCUAGCGUGUAAAUGCACGAGGUUGUAAAUCGAA